UACACCAAACUCGCUGCGCUCUGACCACUGCAACUUUUGCAGAGACUCCUCACUCCACAGACAUGUCGCACAAUAGCUGAAGUAAACCUGUCAUCGCGGCUCGUCCUCCGAGCCUCCAGAAACAGCCCGCAGGUCGGAUCGGAGCUGCAGCCUCUCCCGGGUCGCUCCCCUCGCCUCGGACUCUACGUUUUCUAACGCCUGGAUAUGAAUUAUGAGCAUUUUCCUCACUAAUGAACCGGGCCAGUAAUGCAGGAGACCGCGGCGACUCUCUCAUCACUGUUUCAAGAUGGCAGAUUUUCAUUGAGUUUUGAGCAGAAAUCACGCUUUAUUUUUUGCCAUGAAUAACAGAAAUCCUUGCACCGAUGGCCCCUGUAUACGAAGGUAUGGCCUCGCAAGUGCAAGUGUUCUCCCCUCACACUCUCCAAUCAAGUGCCUUCUUUAGCGUGAAGAAACUGAAGGUGGAGCAGAGUUGUAACUGGGAUAUGACAGGGUACGGCACACACAGCAAAGUCUACAGCCACAACAGCAGCAAGAACUUGUCGGCCACCAGCGGCCCCCUCAGCAUCAACAGCUCCCUGCAGGUCGCCAGCUCCACCCUGCCCUACGAGCAGGCACUCAUCUUUCCAGCCAGUGCGGGCCACAUCGUGGUCGCCUCAGCCAGCAGCACUUCGGGGACCUUGGGGUCUCUGCUGGGCAGCGGGGGUGGAGGCAGCAGCAGCAACAGCAGUGGAGGUGGGGGUGGUGGAAUUGGUGUUCACAACCUGACGCGCCGCAGCACCGUCAGUCUCCUGGAUACCUACCAGCGAUGUGGGCUUAAACGCAAGAGUGAGGAACUCGACAACAACAGCAGUGUGCAGAUCAUUGAGGAUCACGGCCCACCCAUGAUCCAGAACGGAGCUGCCAGUGGAGCCAUGGUGGCCACAGUGGCUACUGCCACAUCCACGGCAACCUCAAAGAACAGCGGCUCCAACAGUGAAGGGGACUACCAGCUGGUGCAGCAUGAGGUGCUCUGCUCCAUGACCAAUACGUAUGAGGUGCUGGAGUUCUUGGGGAGAGGAACCUUUGGACAGGUUGUUAAGUGCUGGAAGAGGGGCACCAAUGAGAUCGUGGCUAUCAAGAUCUUGAAGAACCACCCGUCGUAUGCGCGGCAGGGUCAGAUCGAAGUCAGCAUCCUGGCGCGUCUCAGCACGGAGAGUGCAGACGACUACAACUUUGUGAGGGCCUACGAGUGCUUCCAGCACAAGAACCACACGUGCCUGGUAUUUGAGAUGCUAGAGCAGAACCUGUAUGACUUCCUUAAGCAGAACAAGUUCAGCCCUUUGCCGCUCAAAUACAUCAGACCCGUGCUGCAGCAAGUGGCCACAGCGCUCAUGAAACUGAAGAGUCUGGGACUGAUCCAUGCGGACCUAAAGCCGGAGAACAUCAUGCUCGUGGACCCGUCUCGACAGCCCUACAGGGUCAAAGUUAUAGACUUUGGAUCUGCCAGCCAUGUGUCUAAAGCGGUCUGCUCCACUUAUCUACAGUCCAGAUACUACAGGGCACCAGAGAUCAUCCUUGGCCUGCCGUUCUGUGAGGCCAUCGACAUGUGGUCCCUGGGCUGUGUGAUAGCUGAGCUCUUCCUGGGAUGGCCCCUCUACCCGGGAGCCUCGGAGUACGAUCAGAUCCGGUACAUCUCACAGACACAGGGUCUGCCUGCAGAGUAUCUACUGAGCGCAGGGACAAAGACCACCAGGUUCUUCAACAGAGACACGGACUCCACCUAUCCUCUCUGGAGACUGAAGACUCAGGAGGACCACGAGGGUGAAACGGGGAUCAAAUCCAAGGAGGCCCGCAAGUACAUCUUCAACUGCUUGGAUGAUAUGGCGCAGGUGAACAUGACGUCAGAUCUGGAGGGGAGCGAAAUGCUGGCAGAGAAAGCCGACAGGAGGGAGUUCAUCGACUUGUUAACAAAGAUGUUGACCAUCGACGCGGACAAGAGGAUCACGCCCAUCGAAACGCUCAACCACCCCUUCGUGACCAUGACGCACCUCCUCGAUUUCCCGCACAGCACACACGUCAAGUCGUGCUUCCAAAACAUGGAGAUCUGUAAGCGUCGUGUCAACAUGUACGACACCGUCAACCAGAGCAAGACGCCCUUUAUCACCCACGUGGCCCCCAGCACCUCCACCAACCUCACCAUGACCUUCAACAACCAGCUGAACACUGUGCACAGCCAGGCCACCAACCUGGCUCCCUCCUCCACCAACAAUGCCACCCUUUCCUUUGCAAGUCCUGAUGUCUCCAUACUAAACUACCAAUCUGCACUCUACCAGCCCUCCGCUGCCUCCAUGGCAGCCGUGGCCCAGAGGAGCAUGCCCCUGCAGCCGGGGGCUCCUCAGCUCUGUGCUGCCCGGCCCGACCCCUUCCAGCAGGCACUCAUCGUCUGCCCACCUGGCUUCCAAGGGCUGCAGGCGUCCCCGUCAAAGCACACCAGUUACUCUGUGCGGAUGGAGAAUGCUGUUCCCAUAGUGACCCAGGCCCCUGGAGCCCAGCCUCUUCAGAUCCAACCUGGCCUUCUCACACAGGCCUGGCCCAGCGGCACCCAGCAGAUCCUGCUGCCUCCAGCCUGGCAGCAGCUCACCCACACCUCAGUCCAGCAUGCCACUGUCAUCCCCGACUCCAUGAGCAGCACACAGCCUCUCGCCAACUGGAGGAAUCCUCAUCCCCAUGGCAGCCAUUACAACCCCAUCAUGCAGCAGCCAGCUUUGUUAGCAGGCCACGUCACACUCCCAUCAAACCAGACGCUCAAUGUUGGAGUGGCACAUGUUAUGAGGCAGCCUCCAUCCAACAAUAACUCCUCUUCCAAGAAGAACAAACAGCAUCAGAUGUCUGCCAGGAACAUGUCAUCCUACGAGGUGUCGUCCUCUCAGGCGGUGCUGUCCCCGCAGCGCUCCAAGCGGGUGAAGGAGAACACGCCUCCACGCUGCGCUGUGCUGCAAAACGGCUCCACCUCCAACUGUCCACCCCAGCAGGGAUGCGGGGGAGGAGGCUGGGGGGCUAAUGAAGCAGAGCAAGCCUCAAGCACCACCCGUGACCACCAGCACCAGCACCAAGUCCCCAGACAGACCAUCAUCAUCCCAGACACGCCCAGCCCUGCAGUCAGCAUCAUCACCAUCAGCAGCGACACAGACGAGGAAGAUGAUAACAAACAGAACAACAGAACGUCUUCGAAGCAGCGGAAGAAUGUCAUCAGUUGUGUGACGGUCCACGAUUCACCCGACUCUGACUGUUCCAGCAACAACAGCCCCUACACUGUGGAGUCCAGACCCCCCAACAACAACAGCUACGACACAAAGACCACCAUCCUGGACAACUACAACAACGGGAACCCCCGCACCAUCAUCAUUCCCCCUCUCAAAACCCAGAACAGUGAUGCCCCAAAUGAGUGUGAGCGACUAAUGCCAGAUGCAAUGAACCAUCUGAAUUCAGCGUACAAGUUUAAGACCUCCAAUGGAGUGCUGUCUGGCAAUAAUCACAUACCAGGAGGAAUGCCUGGAGGCGGGUCCUACCGACAGCGCUCAGGGCCACACCCCCUCCAGCAGCAGCCUCUCAAUCUCAGCCAGGCCCAGCAGCACAUGGUAGCUGAGCGAGGUCAUCGACGCCAGCAGGCAUACAUCACCCCCACCAUUGCCGCUCAGGCACCCUACUCCUUCCAUCACAACAGCCCCUCCCACACAGGCAACGGCCACCCGCACCUGACUGCCGCACAUCUGCCAAGCCAGCCCCACCUCUACACCUACACAGCCCCCGCUGCUUUAGGGUCCACCGGCACCGUGGCCCACCUGGUGGCGACACAGGGUUCUGCGCGGCAUGCUGUCCAGCACGGGAGCUACCCACCCAGCAUCGUCCACCAGGUCCCCGUCAGCAUGGGCCACCGCGUGUUGCCCUCCCCCACCCUGCACCACAGCCCGUACCAGGCCCAGUUUGCCCACCAGGCCUACAUCAGCGCCUCGCCCGCCUCCACUGUCUACACUGGAUACCCGCUGAGCCCCACCAAGGUGAACCAGUACCCUUACCUCUAGAGAAGACUGACACUGGAGAGCCUGACCCAGCUCUGCUGCUUCCCCCGAACCCACCGCCCUGAGUCCCGUCUGCCCUGAAACCUCCUCUCCUCAACCUCAGACAUAAACAGAGACAGAGGAACAUGCAAUCCUCAUGAAACUGUCACGUAUAACUUGAAGAUAUAACGACAGAGAGAAAAGAGUUAAAAGAUUCAAGCCUCUCCAGAAGGGAAAGAUGGGGUUGGAUUUCAGAGGGGUACUGUUCAGUUCUUCUUCCUUGUUUUCCCUGAAGGGCCAGUUUUGCUUUCAUUUGUUUCUCUUUGCUUUACUUUAUGAGGAAAUGGAUGUCUCAUUAGUUUUCCAGGGAAGUUUGAAACAGGCCUUUUGGGACAUUGGAGGAUUUCUGUUUUCUUUUCUUUCGUUUCCCCCUCUUAAAUUGGAGAAGAAGUGACUGCUGAACAGGGGUUACUGACUGGAAGUUCAGAUUCCCAAGAGAUUUGGGAGAAGGUGAAAUACGGAAACCUGCUGCUCUUCAAAGAAAAAAUAUUGAUGGCCUUGAACUGUCUUAAUAUUUCCAAAUCAUUCAUGGUGUGGGGAGAAAAGAGAGGAAGAACUCCUCCCACUCACUCCACCUUCUCCAGCCGAGGAGGCUUCUGGAAAUAUAACCAACAGAAGACAACAAACUUUUAGUGUAUUUAUAGAUAUUUUUCCUUUUCUGUUUCACCUUUAUGACAAUACUUCAGUUUUAGCUAGGUGUCUUAGCUGGGCCCCGUUCUUAGAAUGUAGCAGUCUGCACCUGUUUGUUUAAGAGGAUUUUUUUCCCCUUAUACGAAUAGAUCUUUUGUUCCUCUUUUUCAAUGUGAUUGCACAAAGUGGUUAUAAUAACAUAGGCAUGUACAACGUGAUUGUCUGUGUGUGCUACUGUCAGCCAUGCGUGUGUAGUCCACCUCCUCAAAAUCCUCUCCAGUCUUUAGGUUUCGACAUUGUUCCCUCGUAGUGCCUUACAGAUAUACCGACACAGUUUACUUGGCUUGGAUCCUGAAAGCCACAAGAGACUAUAGCUAAACUUAGAGAGAUGCGUUUCCCUGGUUUGACAUCCCAAUUGGGGCAGUUGUAGCUCUCUUCCAGGUGUAGGCUCAGCCCUUGCUGUUUCUCGCCCUGAGUGACAGCAGACUAUAGGUGAUGAAGAGUUGAUAUCAUGCUGAAUUUUUUAUUAUGUGUGCAUGAGAUAACUUGCCUGGGGUACUUACCAAAGUCAUAGAUAAAUUCUUGUUACAUUUGCCCUGGAUAUUAAUGUAAAUAUGAAAUGUACAGUGUAGCUGUAGCACAGUGGCACCCAAAACGUGGCUUUAGUUUGGAAUAUAUUUGUUGUUUUUUAUAAAUCCCACUGGGGAACUCAUGCAACGUGAUUACAGGGCAGAGAUUUAGCAUCAUGUAAAGGGAAUGAGUUACAGUACAAUGUUUGAGACACAGUAGGGGCUGUUUUUUUAAGCCUAAAAGCUAGUCUGAGAGAAGGGCCUGACAGAAAGUGAUGGCUGCCACGAGGGUGACGCUGUGAGGCUAUAGAUAGCCGGGCUGCAGCGACGAGACAGAGUAUCGAGGGUUGUCUGAGAGAGAUACUGUGUAGGCACGAGAGAGGGGCUGGUUGAAAGCGUAGGGUCAGUUUAGGUAGAGACUGUGGGGGGAAGGGGGGGACUCUCUACCUUAAAUGGGACUAAAAUGGUAGCAAGUUGGCACUGAGCAGGUUGAUAGUAACACUGAGCCCGGGUGGUCCGUACAGUAGGAGCCGCAGAGGCGCUACUUUACCUGAAUGCACAUUCAAUGAAUCCUUUUGUUGUUGUCAUUUCUUGCAUUUCUGCAAAGUUAAUUCUUAGUUGCGUUGAGGUUUGGGUAGCAGCUGCAGGAGCAGAACAGAAGGGAAAUGCCGCACCUGGAAGGGCACCUUGUGGACGAUUAGUUGUCACUGUCCAUUUGUCUUCGAACCAGGUACACCGCAGACAUCGCCACGCCAGCUGAACGGGAUACCCGAACACUUAGAGAACCAAUAGGGCUGUCGCUUUGAGUGUUUGCUGCUUGAUUUAACAGACAUCUUUUUCUUUUUUCGUGUAGCCAAUGAUUCAAAUAAUCUCUGUUCAUUCGACCCCUCAAACUCGGGCACAUCACAACUGCUGAUGUUUUAGUGAAAGCCUCCCCCUCCUUCAUGGUAUGCCAUAGUACUUGCAUUUGAAGUGAUUUUUCUUUCUUUUGUUUUUGUUUUUGUUUUUGUUUAACUUAACAUGAUCUUGGACUUUUUGACAUGGCUGUAGUACAUGUUGUGUUUCUUUUUAGAGAUUGUUGCAAUAAUUAUUGUGGAUGUUUUAUCAGAGUGUGUGUGUGUGUGUGUGUGUGGGUGUGUGUGUUUAUUAUAUGUCAGGCUCAUUUCUAUUUUGUAACCUGGGGGUUGAUGUACAGUAAUAUUUAGUAUUCCUCGGAGAUGGUGCACCUGUGUAAAGUGCUGCAAAACACUGCUGAUGUUAGUGAGUUUGAUGAUAAUCCAAUUGGGCUCGUUUGGAUGGACGCUCUGGCUUGAGGGUGCUACACCCAGAGUUUGACAUCCAAUAAUCUCCCCCAGAGAGGUUUGUCAUCCUGGUACUUGUUUCCCUAAACUCUCCACUCCCUGUCAGGUCCAGCAUGCAAGCCUCGGGCGCGAGCAGUCAAAGAUGUGAUUACAAAGUGUGUUGCUGGUUACAUCAUUCUUCUCUGUUCUGUUUUUGUGUGUUUUUUUUAUUUUAUUGUAUCUACUUAUUUUCCUUCAGGCCUUUAGAGCCCAAGCACACAGGCAUAAGGGAGAUGAUUUUCCAUUUGAUAUCUUUUAGGUCCUCUGUUAGGAGACAGACUACUGAAACAUUCCACUGUUUGAGGGGAUCUGGUGUUACCACGCUACACUGCUGUCCUGUCCCCACUCUGGUCAACACGGGGAUAGCAUCGACAUCACUCUCGGACUUUUCUCGCUCCUCCCCACCAAAGAAUUCAACAGAUUGAUCAUGUACAGCACAGAACAGUAAAAGCAAUCCUCCACUGCGUUGCUAGAGCAGACAGGCAAUAACUUCUGGUAUCAUCUUUAAACGCUUUACAAGUGCUUUUGAGGACGUUUUGUUUAACCCCAGAGCAAAUGCAUGUAUGCACAUGAUGACGAAGUACACAGGGAGGAUUAAUACACUUAAAACAUACAGCACAGGUGUUUCUUUGAUUUGAAUCUGGACAGAGCUGCGGUCUGUUUGAAAGCUUUUUCUGUUGAACUGUCACGGCUCCUCACUCUUGGCCCCUGUCGACAUUGAAUGAUCAAUAAUUAUCUAACCUCUCCAAAUUAUUAAGCCAGUUCUUUGUUAUUACGUUGUUGUAUUGUAGCUUUAUUGGUGUUGUUUGAAAAUGAAUUUGUAAAAAGAAGAAACCCUUUGUUUCACAUUAGCGUGCCAUUGAAUAGAAUGAUCUGUAAAAAUUAUUAAUCAAAAGUGUACCAACUAUACCUUUAAGAUACGGUCACCUGCACAAAAUGAAUGUAAUAUGUGACCUGUGACAUCUGAAAUGGCUUUAGAUAUCUCUCAGUGGGUGACCAUUUAAUUUCUACACCAUUUGUGGCCAUGCAUGAUGCAAUAAUUACACCUGAUCUCCAGCAGAGUCCCACAGAAGAGACUUCAUGUGAAAUUACCACCAUCCCCACGGGGAGGGGAAAUCAAAUAAUCACUAUUUUCUCAAAUGAAACAUCCAAUUAAGAGAAGCCCUGUUUGUGCCGCAUUGUGGAAAAUGACUUGUUGUGUAUGAUACCUUUGUGCAUACUCUGUUUCACAUAACCAAUGUUUUGUGUUUUAUAAGAAAGGGGAAUCAGAAAUGUGAGCGUAAACAUAGAUUGAGUGACCUUACAAUUACCAAAAUGUGCUUAAGUAGAGUGUGAAAAUGUUUCGUGUUGUCAGGGUGAGUUUAGCCUUCCCAGCUGGCGACUUUACUGUUAGAGUACUGCCUUCCAAAUAACCAUCAUACCUCUAAAGUAGAAGGUGACAUUUGAAUUAGAGAGGAGUAAAUAAGGCAGUAUCUCGGUCUGCAUGAAGCCUGGCAUUCUCUGAUAAAAUACACUCAAACUUCCAGCUUUGCUCACGGUGUUUCCGUAAAGACUUCUCUUUGGAAACACUGAGAAACAUUCCUGAGAGCACGAUGAGGCACUGUGAGGCUUUUUUCUUCUUCGAAUCCACUUCAACGUCUGCAAGAAGUACACAGUCCACUUGCAGCACCAACCUGCACACUUGUACUGCUCGAGUCCUCCGGUAAAGUUGCGGCUGCUUCCCAAAGUUCAAUGGGGUUAGAGACAGGCGUUAGGUGGAUUAAUCAUGAGCUGACGUACUCUUUGUCACCGGGAAAUUCAUAAUCCUGCUACACAAGCAUUCUUAAAGCCCUUCUGAAUGAGAGUGUGUGUUUUUUUUCUUGAAGUUAACCAUGUUUGAGGAGAUCUGCUCCUUUUGCUGGCUACUCCUUGGGGGAAUUCAGGGUGAGGAGGUCAAGGUUUGAUGCCUUCAUCUACAGUGAUUACAAAGUCUGAAUUUUAAAAACCAAAACUGAUAAAAAAAAAUACAAAUACAUAAUUUAUCCUUGUUUGAAAGCAAGGCGUAGAUAUGGAAAUGUCCCCACAGCCCAAUUUGCUGUAAUUUAAGCGCUUUGAUUCUGCUACACAAAUCUGAAAAAAAAACCUUUCCAGUCGUUCUUUCAGAGAGAUUUCUGGCUGGCGCUAAUUAUUUUUGUGGUGUCAAUACAUGUAACCUAGACGUGGUAGACCAAAGCUGCAUUCACAGACAGAUUUGCCCAUUUGCACUUCAGAAAUAUUUGUGUGAAGCCAGAGGUCCAGUCAAAGCUGCAGUCCCUUUUGGUCCAUUUUCAGAAGUCUGGCAGUGAAUUUCUGCAGGUCAAAGUCUUAAACAGCUCCUUGCACAAAUAUAUUCAUGCAAGUGUAAGUUUGUUAUCAUUUUCUGAAGACCUAAGAGUGCAUCAAGCCCUGACCCCCUUUUGUGUCCAUUGCUGUAUGGUUUCUCAAUGGUGUAAAAUCUCAUUCUUUGUCGAUUAAGCUAACGUGUGCUGCAGUAUUUCCUAGUAUACUCCUUUGUUCAUUGUCUUCUCUUAUUUACUUUUGUUUAUCGGGGUGUGAUGUCUCAUUAUUUCAAUCUGUUGACGUAGCGUUCAAUGUAUACCCUGUUCCUUAGCUUAAUAUUAUUGAGUAUGUUAUGAGAAUGGAUAUUUUACUGGCUUUAUAGAAUGUUUAAAUAAAUAUAAUAACAACAAUAAGAAGAAGGAUUAAUUAAACCUCCUAACAAGUUGAGUACUAAGCGCUUGUGUUACCAUUAUGAUGUUGUGUGCUUCUCUUAAUCAUUUUCGUUGUAGAAAAAUGGAGUGAAUUUAUAUUAGGCUUCGAAAAAACUAAUGAUAGCAUUGUAAAUUUUACAGGAGGAUUUUAACAGACAAGCAGCUUCGUCAAAUAGAAGAAUAGAGUUAUUAUUUGAACUGUCCUCUUUACUAACUGUAGGGUGAGAAGGGGCUCGCGUUGUGGUGAACUAUGUUAUAGCUUGUUAUUCACUGUUACUUUUGAUCAUUUUUUCGGUCUCCGAGGUGAAUCGAGUUAUUAAUGAGAAUUUGUAUGCUCACAUAUGCAUAUUGUAUAUGUGUAGAAAUGUAAUCACACUUUGUCUUGGAUUUACAUUAAACUGUUAAGUCACGGCAA